GUGGAGAGGCAGGCAGGCAGCAGACUUGUUGCAACAGAUGGCUUUACCAGCGGCGGCUCGGCGGCGGCUGCACCGAGGAACUCUGGGACGCCGUUAGACACAGAGGAAAAAGAAAGGGAGGGGAGGGGGUGUGAGAAAGUCCGAGAGCAGGAGAACGAGUCCUCUCCUUAUUCCUCCUCUUCCUCGUCUUCGCCUACAAACUCUUCCUCUCCACAAACAGGAAGACGUCAGAGUGAGCACAAGUUUGUGGAGCCAGCGGAGGAGCAGCAGCUUCAGCCAGGAGAUGAUCUGAGCCUUCAUCCUCCUCCCCCUGCUGCUCGGGGGUCAGAGAGGAGAACACCUGCUGACAGCCAGGAGCUCCUGAGGGAGGAGGCGCAGCAGCAAUAGGAGGUCUGAACGCAGCAGGAGACUGAACGCACACGCUAACUCUCCAGACCCCCACUGAGCCGAUCGCUGUCAAACACUCCAGAGCGUCUACACGAGAGGCUGAGGGUCGGAAGCUUCUGAUCGGUUGAAGUCUGUCGGAGAGGACAGGGGUCGAAGGCCAUGGCGGGCCGACUCCUCCUCUUCCUGUUCAUCUCGGUGACGCUAAGCAACGCCCACUUCCCCUCAGGCCAGCGUCUGAAGCCCCGCCUCCAGAGGGACCGCCGUAACAUCCGGCCGAACAUCAUCCUCAUCCUGACUGACGACCAGGAUCAGGAGCUGGGUUCGAUGCAGGCCAUGAAUAAAACUCGUCGCAUCAUGGAGGAGGGCGGGACUUCUUUCUCUAACGCCUUUGUGACCACGCCCAUGUGCUGUCCGUCACGUUCAAGCAUGCUCACUGGGAAGUACGUUCACAACCACAACACCUACACCAACAACGAGAACUGCUCCUCGAUGUCAUGGCAACGACAGCACGAGCCGCGGACCUUUGGGGUCUACCUCAACAACACCGGAUACCGGACAGCGUUCUUUGGGAAGUACCUGAACGAGUAUAACGGCUCCUACGUCCCCGCCGGCUGGAGAGAGUGGCUCGGUCUGGUGAAGAACAGCCGCUUCUACAACUACACGCUGAGCCGCAACGGAGUCCGAGAGAAACACGGAGCGCAGUACCCGCAGGACUACCUGACUGACCUGAUCACGGCCGAGUCCAUGCGGUACUUCCGCUCCUCAAAGAGGAUCUACCCUCACCGCCCGGUGCUCAUGGUGCUGAGCCAUGCCGCUCCGCACGGACCAGAGGAUUCAGCGCCGCAGUACAGCAACGCAUUCCCCAACGCAUCGCAGCACAUUACUCCCAGUUACAACUACGCCCCGAAUCCAGACAAGCACUGGAUCAUGCGCUACACCGGCCCCAUGAAGCCCAUUCACAUGGAGUUCACCAACAUGCUGCAGAGGAAACGCCUGCAGACGCUUCUGUCCGUGGACGACAGCGUGGAGAAGCUCUACAACAUGCUGGUGGAGACGGGCGAGCUGGAGAACACCUACAUCAUCUACACGUCGGACCACGGCUACCACAUCGGACAGUUCGGCCUCGUCAAAGGUAAAUCCAUGCCGUACGAGUUCGACAUCAGAGUCCCGUUCUACAUCAGAGGACCCAACGUGGAGCAAGGCAGCAUUAACCCUCACAUCGUCCUGAACAUCGAUCUGGCGCCAACCAUCCUGGACAUCGCCGGACUCGACACGCCUCCAGACAUGGACGGGAAGUCGAUACUGUCUCUGCUCGACACCGACAAACCUGCUAACAGGUUCCAGGUGAGCAGAAAACCGAAGGUGUGGAGGGACUCGUUUCUGGUGGAGAGAGGGAAGUUGUUGCACCAGCGCGUGGAGGGAAAAGAAGUGUCGCCAGAAGAGAACUUCCUGCCGAAACACCAGCGAGUUAAAGAUCUCUGUCAGCGGGCCGAGUACCAGACGCCAUGUCAGCAGACCGGACAGAAGUGGCAGUGUGUGGAGGACUCCACGGGGAAACUUCGCCUCUUCAAAUGCAAGAACGAAGGAGGAGGGGCCAAGAGCUUCCAGAGGGGCGCCGUCAUCCGCCAGCGUCCAAUCAGCAUCAAGUCUCAGAUGUACAGGAACUCUGACCCCUGCAACUGUGACCUCCGUGACCUCCGACCUGUGAACCUGCGGCCAUCGUUGAUGAGGACGUUUAAUAAGAAGCCUUUCUUCUCCAAGAAGAAGUUCAAAGCCCUGAAGAGUUACUCCAGAAACCGUUUCAGCCGCUCAGUAUCCCUGAUAAACGGUUACCCCGGUAACAGCAGCCUAGUGGACGAGGCUAACGGGGUUCAGCCGUUUGGGGACGAGUCUGAGGACGAGUUCAGCGGGACGGGAGAAGUUCCCACCAGUGUGGCCCUGCCUCCAAACUCCCUCAAAGUCACACACAGAUGCUCCAUUCUGCCCAACGCCACGGUGAAGUGUGAUUCAGGAGUGUAUCAGUCUCUGCAGGCCUGGAAGGACCACAAGCUGCACAUCGACCACGAGAUCGAGACGCUGCAGACGAAGAUAAAGAACCUGAGGGAGGUCAGAGGUCACCUGAAGAAGGCUCGCCCCCUGGAGUGUGACUGUAAUAAAUACCUGUAUAAAUCCAAACUGAAGAACAAGCUGCGGUACAGAGGAGGAAGCAUUCACCCCUUCAGGAAAGGCGGAGCUCGGGACAAGAAGGCGUGGCUUCUGAAGGAGCAGAAGAGAAGGAAGAAAAUGAGGAAGAUGAUAAAAAGGAUCAGAAACAACGACACAUGCUCGAUGCCUGGACUCACCUGCUUCACUCACGAUAACCAGCACUGGCACACCCCGCCCUACUGGACACUUGGUCCAUUCUGUGCCUGUACCAGUGCCAACAACAACACUUACUGGUGUCUGAGGACGAUUAACGAGACCCACAACUUCCUGUUCUGUGAGUUCGCCACCGGCUUCCUGGAGUACUUCGACCUCAACACAGACCCGUACCAGUUGAUAAACGCCGUCAGCUCUUUGGAUCGGACCGUCCUAAACCAGCUUCACGUUCAGCUGAUGGAGCUUCGAGGCUGCAGGGGACACAAACAGUGUAAUCCUCGCACACGCUCACUGGAGCACGGAGGUCGGGAUCAGAGCAGCUUUGAUGACUACAGUAGAGGUCCUAUAUGGGACGGCUGGAAGGGCUGAGCCUCCUGACUGGUGGGAGCAGGCUCCUGACCCCACCUACAGCAGCCUGAAGGAGCAUGGCGUGGUUGUCGAAGCGAUGCCAGCAGCACCGAUUGACAAACACGCCCCUCAACCUCACCAUCCUGCCAUUUGCGUGACAUCGUUUGGCCCUCUUACCCUGUCGCUCAGGGAGACGCUGGGACGAAGACACCUGAACCUCAUCAUCAGCUCCCGCCUCCAGCUCUGGGUGGGGGACGACCACAGGAGGAGGAAGAGGAGGAUCAGUGAUGAAAGAAGAGGAGCAGGAGAAAGAGUGUCAUCAGAAUACUUCAGUGAAGCAUCAGUCAUAGGGAUAAGGCCUUUUUCUGUCCUGAGUUUUGACUUCCAGGUGGAGCUUCCUGCCACUAACCACACCUGAGCAAUUGAUCGAACCAAUCCGACUUCUUAUCAGAUCUUUUUAAGUCCAGAUUUGAUUCCUUAAAGGCUGGCUACACACUAGACUAUCCUCAAACCAAGUUAAAAACCAUGAGAGACCGUAGACAAUUCCAACUAAUGGAGUUUGCAAAAAAAAAUUUCACAAUUGUUUUUAGUAUUAAACGUAAAAACAGUCCCUUAUUUUUUUGUGUCAAACCUUAAAAAACAUUUUAAGAAACCAAAAUACUUUUCCAAAAGUUGCCAGCUAUGGCCUACUAUUUGGCAGAAAUGGAAGGAAAGUCCCCUGAACAACAUCCCCAGCUUUAUGAACAUUCCGUAUUCUGCCUUUGAUGAUGAUGUCACCCUUUGAAGUCCUUAACAGGCUUUAGAAAAACAAUGUGAUCCUUUAAGGCUUAUUAAACAUUCCAUCUUGCCUUUGAAGAUGUCAUACUUUUGAGCCUAUAAAACAUUCCAUCUUAGCCUCCCUUAGUUGGGACAAGCCUUAAAUCAGGCCAAAACACCCCAAUUAAAAUUAUGUUAUCUUAUUUAUAGAGCCCUUUUCGGUGGCACAGCAGCACAGGGGUUAGCGCUGUUGCCUCACAGCACAAAGGUCGCUGGUUCACUUCCCGGUCAGGGCCUUUCUGUGCAGAGUUUGCAUGUUCUCCCCGUGCACGUGUGGGUUCUCUCCGUGCACG